AUGUUUGGAACGUCUUUUACGGAUGGGAUCAAGCUAAUUUUGACGCAUGAUAUGUCUCUUACAUCUUGCAGCAAGCGUCCAGGGGUCCACCAGAAGGAGCGCGGGAGCAAGAGGCCUCUUUCGUCCCUCCAAUCCCUGCCAGAACAUUUCAGUCUACCGAAACAGCAUUUAGAGGUUUGCGUAAUACUGGCGAUAAGGGCCGUUGAUUUCAGCACAGCACAUGGAUUAGCUCUGAGAUAUCAGUUACAGAGCCUUGUGGAGCCCCCCCCUUUUGAUGUUGCUCCUGUGGAGCCCAAAGUAAUAGCGGCGAAGUUCCACGCUCCUACGAGCGCACCUCGGAGGGUCACGGUGGAAAGGCGGCGCCGGGCAUAUGAGGCAUACGAUAUAGAACAGUUACUGAUCGAGCGUGGAAUCAACUACAGGGAUCAGACUUUUGAAUCGAAGAGCUGGCUGCCGUUAGAGCCAUUUGAUGAUACAACUUUUGACGAUCGUUCGCCACAAGAGUGGAUGGCUCUCUGCAAAGGUCCUGACGGCUCAUUCCUACCCCUGUCUGGAAAGGGUCUUCGUCGAGGCAACGGAGGAGACUGCAAAUGGGAAGCUUGCCGUGUUUAUGCUUAUGAUGAGGUCUCUUGCAAGUUUCACGUCCAAUGGGCUGCUGCGGAGAGCCUUAUCCAGUAUAACUACUACAUAGACAAUAUGCCCACCAGCGACAUCCCUGGAUUGGAUGAGGUGCAGCAGAAGAGAGUGAUGGAUAAAGCUUUGAGCUGUCCUAGGACACGCCAGUGUAAAUCGGCUACCGUAGAUUCUUUGCUAAAAGAAGUUAAUACCUACUUUGCUAGGACGAUGAACAAAAUUGCUUUUGACAUAUUUCUUGACCGUAACAAAGACAAGCGAUUACGUACGGACUUGCAGUUACCUCCAGCACCGAAACCACGGCCACCAUCAUGGCAUGCCUUGGUCACUGUUCCAGCAUACGACUUUUCCAAAGCAUUCGCUUCCUUUUGUUCGACUUCCCUUUACGUAAAAAAUGAGGUCAUACGGGCGAUGGUCGGCAUCCGCGAAGAAUGCGUGGACGUUUUGGAAAAGCGUAUUUUUAAUACAUCGUUUCCACGAGCAGUAAAACUUGAUGAAUUUCGCCAGAUGCAACGAGCUUCGAUAAGUCAGGUCACAUACUUUUUGCAAGAGGCAUGGGCCUCUAAACUUCACGAAAUAAUCGACUCCAACCUGCGUCACGUGGGAAAGGGAUGGUUCAAUAUAUACGAGUUCAACAAAGAAACAUACGAGUACGGCAAAGUCAAGCGAAUGCUCAUCUUGACCCGGCUUCUGAUGAGGGAUGCUCUACGAAUUAUGACAACACGUUCGAUAGAGGAUUUGGUGGAGCUUUUUCGAUCCUCAACGCCUGAAACAGUGAAUAUCAGGUCUCUCUCCGACGUCCAAAACAUAUACCAAGAGUCGCGAGUCAAGUCCCUAGAGCGCAAGCUCCUGUGGAAAGGCCUGUUCUUUGUCGAAAUCACUCGGUCGCCUGAUGGGACACAGUUUGUGUUAACACCUCGCCCAGAAGCUUUUGUAGAGGCUGCCGACGAGUUUUUCGACAGAGGGCAAGUCCUACAGGGCUGUAGAACGUGGCUGGGCAUGGGGCUUCUCCAUUUCGACCACCUGAUUUGA